CAUCAUAAGUAUAACGGUGUACGAUUGGUACAAUGUAUUGUGUAGUAAAAUCUUUUCCAACUUUCGACAAGUGUAACAUAUAAUACAAUUAACGUCAAUUCUUAGUUUUGUUUUAACAAUUUUGUUCUCACAUUUGACACGAACAAUAUUUCAAUAUAAUUUUGUAGUGUUGCUGUUGCGCAAGUUUUUUCUAGAAUUCGUCGAUUAAAUCUCGUACAAUUUCAAUCUGUGCAACAUGAUAUCGAAAUCUAUGUCGUCCGAAAUAAAACCCGAAGAGACUGCGAUUGAUUCGGCAUCAAUACAAGAAUCGCCAAAACAAGAACACAAAUGGGAGAUUGUGUGGAAAAACAUCUUGUUGUUUCUGUCCAUUCAUCUCACUUGCAUUUAUGCAAUCCUAAAUAUUACAAGAAUGAACAAGUUGACAAUUGUCUGGUUUGCCGUUGUUGGUAUUCUUUCCGGGAUCGGUAUUACUGCAGGCGGUCAUAGAUUAUGGGCUCAUCGUGCGUACAAAGCAAAAUGGCCGCUGCGAUUGAUCCUGAUAAUUUUACAAACUGUUAGCUGUCAAGAUGACAUUCAUCACUGGGCCAGAGAUCACAGAAUGCACCACAAAUUCAUCGACACCGACGCGGAUCCGUACAACUCGAAAAGAGGAUUCUUUUUUUCACAUAUAGGUUGGCUUUUAACACGAAAGCAUCCGGAAUUAAAAAAAAAAGGCCCACUUAUUGAUUGCAGUGAUCUCAAACGCGAUCGUAUUGUGGCUUUUCAGAAAAAAUACUAUCAUCUUCUAAUAGCUGUGUUUUUUAUCGCCGUGCCAACGAUCGUGCCCUGGCUGGCGUGGAAUGAAUCUCUGUGGUACUCGUGGGUCGCAAAUAUCGCUAGAUAUUGCUACGGUCUUAAUGCUAUUUGGUUGGUGAACUCGGCGGCUCACAUGUGGGGAAUGAAACCAUAUGACAAAUCUAUGUCUCCUGCUGAAAACGCGGUUGUCGCAGUUCUGGCUACCGGCGAAGGCUGGCACAAUUAUCACCACGUCUUUCCUUGGGAUUACAAAGCAGCGGAGCUUGGAAAUUACUCGAUGAAUUUUGCUACAGGUUUUAUUGACUUCUUCGCUCUUCUGGGGUGGGCUUACGAUUUGAAAACUGUAUCUCCGGACAUAGUGAAAAAACGUGUUCUCCGAAAUAACAAAGAAACUAGUAAUAGCAACAACAGCAAUUGUAUCGAAUAAGACAGUAGAUAUGAGUUCAAAAAUCUAUACUGAUAUAUAUAUAUACGCAUACUGAUAUAUAUAUAUACGUGUGUAUACGCAACCAAAUAUUAUGGUGUAUGUAUAAAUAAAACAAUAAAUCUGAACUUGUCGGGUAUGGGAUAAACAACUCUUACAUGAUUUGUACAUUUUUUGAGAAU